GUAGGUAGCGUAAAUUCACAAAACCAAGGCGCACCAUUCUUCGCAAACGUGCCUGGAAGCAGCAGUUUUGGACAAGGACCAUACACCUUCUCAGUGGCUACGACUAUUGAUGAGCAACUGAACCUGCAAAAUUACGUUCGUGUGAUAUGCUCCACAUUAUCAUGCAUUGGAACCGUCAAAGUUGACAAUUACGUUCCUAAUGGACUUAUUUACGUCAGGAUGGGCCGCAGUAACUAUUACUAUGUUGAUGUAGCGUUAAAAGCAGGACAACACACCGUGUCGUUCAUUGGGCCAGACACAAAGUGGGCACCUAUCACUUUCGGUGUCACCGUAUACGGCUAUGGACUGAACCGCGGUUAUGCAUUCACUCCUGGACUGCUUUACCAAAGUGAGUCGUAG